AUGGAUAUCGUAUUGGGUAUUAGAGUCGAGGACUGUACUUUGGUCGCUACAUCGAAAGCGGCAACCAGAGGUAUUUCUGUUUUGAAAGACACCGAUGAUAAAACUCGUCAACUUAACAGUCAUAAUUUAAUGGCGUAUUCUGGAGAAGCAGGAGACACGGUUCAAUUUGCCGAAUACAUUCAGGCCAAUACUCAGUUGUACACCAUGCGGGAAAAUGACACAGAAUUAUCACCCAAGGCCACUGCCUCAUUUGUGAGAAAUCAACUUGCAACUUCCAUAAGAUCCAGAAAGCCUUAUCAGGUGAAUGUGUUACUAGCAGGCUACGAUACCAAUACUGGAAAACCCAGCUUGAACUGGAUUGACUACUUGGGAACCCAGGUGGAAUUGCCAUACGCAGCUCAUGGUUAUGCUGGUUUUUACUGUACAUCUUUGUUGGAUAAACAUUAUAAAAAGGGAAUGAACUUUGAAGACGGUCUUGACUUGUUGAAGAAGUGUAUCAAAGAAUUGGAGACAAGAAUGCCUAUCGACUUUAAGGGCUGCUACAUCAAAGUGGUCGAUAAGGAAGGUAUCAAGCUUGUGGAGUAA